GGUCACGGUGGAAUGUCUCUCUGACUAAAUGUUGUUGUCUCCUCCAGGAAGUCCCAGAUCAUGGUGGAAUGUCUGACCCCUGAUUUCCGAGGAGACCUGGCGGCGGUGGAGAAGAUCGCCCAAUCAGGGCUGGACGUUUACGCCCAUAAUGUGGAGACCGUCCGCGAGCUGCAGAGACACGUCCGUGAUCCGCGGGCGAACAUCGACCAAUCCCUGAAUGUCCUGCGUCACGCCAAGGCCGUCAAACCAGACAUUCUCACCAAGACCUCCAUCAUGUUGGGUCUCGGAGAGACGGACCUGCAGAUUUAUAACACACUGACCGAGCUGAGAGAGGCAGGAGUGGAUUGUCUAACACUGGGACAGUACAUGCAGCCCACUAAACGCCACCUCAAGGUGGAGGAGUAUGUGACUCCUGAGAGGUUUGUCCACUGGGAGGAGGUGGGGAAGGAGAUGGGAUUCGUCUACACAGCCAGCGGACCCUUAGUGCGUUCCUCAUACAGAGCAGGUGAGUUCUUCCUGAAGAAUCUGUUAGAGAAGAGGAAGGCAGCGGCAGAAUAACCUGAUCACCUGGACUCACCUUUACCUGAAUCCUGACGUCUCCUCCUUUCAGAGGCCUCUCUCCCUCCAUAAAGCUACUCUACAUACACUGUAUUACAAUAUAAUAUACUACAAUAUAAAGUUCUCCGAUCCAGAAUAUGAGCUACUACAGGACUCUGUUCAUGUUGAUGUCUCGUUCUGUACAUUAUAACCAGUGAUGUAGUGGGGGGGUAAUUACCUGGGGAGAUAAAGGGGGUAAUUACCUG